GCAACUCCAAGACGCUGAUCGCCCGGCUGACGACGCAGCGCUGGCUGGACGUGGGCGCCGGCUGGACGAGCGACGAGCACCAGACGCCCAACGCGGCGCUGCUCUACGAGUUCCGCGUCACCUGCGACGCGCACUACUUCGGCUCGGGCUGCGCCAACUUCUGCCGGUCGCGCGACGACGCGUUCGGCCACUACACCUGCUCGGCCGCCGGCAAGCCCGUCUGCAACGAGGGCUGGCAGGGAGACUACUGCACCAAACCUGUCUGUGCGCCCGGUUGCGACGAGACCCACGGCUACUGCAGUCACCCCUUCGAGUGCAAGUGUCACCCGGGCUGGAAGGGCGCUCUCUGCGACGAGUGCGAGCGCUACCCGGGCUGCCUGCACGGCACGUGCGCCAAGCCCUGGGACUGCCUCUGCGACGAGGGCUGGGGCGGCCUGUUCUGCAACCAGGACCUCAACUACUGCACCAACCACCGGCCGUGCCGGAACAACGGCACCUGCUUCAACACGGGCCAGGGCUCGUACACGUGCUCGUGCCCGCCCGGCUUCACCGGCACCGACUGCGAGCGCGAGCUGGACGACUGCACCCACACGCCGUGUCGCAACGGCGGCUCCUGCGUGGACCAGAGCGGCCAGGGCGCGCGCUGCGAGUGCCCCAAGGGCUGGCACGGGCGCCACUGCGAGACGUCGGCGCAGACCUGCGAGGACCGGCCCUGCCGCCACGGCGGCACCUGCCAGGACGACGCGGCCGGCGGCUACACCUGCCGCUGCCCGCCCGGCUUCAGCGGCGUCGACUGCGAGCACCAGGUGGACGACUGCGCGCCCAACCCCUGCGAGAACGGCGGGUCGUGCGUCGACCGUGUCAACGGCUUCGAGUGCAACUGCCCGCCCGGCUUCUCCGGCGAGCGCUGCGAGACCAACGUGGACGACUGCGUCAACGACCCCUGCCUCAACGGCGGCACCUGCGUCGAUCUCGUGAACCGCUUCCGGUGUCAGUGUGUGCCCGGCUACGUCGGCUCGCUGUGCCAGAGCAAGGUGGACUACUGCCUCGCCAAGCCUUGCGCCAACGGCGGCUCCUGCGUCGUGCUCAUCAACGACUACCGCUGCAACUGCCGCCCGGGCUUCGCCGGCAAGGACUGCUCCGUCGAGGUGGACGAGUGCGCGUCGACGCCCUGCCAGAACGGCGGGACCUGCGAGAACCGCGUCGCCACCUUCCACUGCCGCUGCCCGCCCGGCCUCACCGGCAGGACGUGCUCCGAGGAGGCCAACGCCACCGCCAUCAACGGCAACGUGUCGCGGCACGUGGCCUCGCUGGAGCAGCAGGCUGGGCUCAGCGAGGAGUACGUGGUCAUGAUCAUCACGUUGUCCGUCGCCUUCCCCGUGCUCCUCGCCGUGGCCGUCAUCGUCGUGUUCUGCCUCAAGCAGCGGCGGAAACGGGAGCAGCAGCUGGCCGACGAGGAGGCCCGCAUGCAGAACGAAGUGAACGCGUGCCAGACGGGGCUCGGUGGCCUCGGCGGCCUCGGCGCGCUCGGCUCCCUCGCCGGGCUCGCGGGGCUCAAGCACCAGCGGCCGGGGGGCGACGCGCACAUGAUCAAGAACUCGUGGGGCAGCAAGUGCGUCAACAACGUGCUGGGCGACAUCCCGGACGUCGUGGACUCGCACUCGGGGCCCCUCUCCGGGGACUGCUACGGUAGCAAGCAGUCCCAGGUAGACGCUCCCGUGCCCGUCCCCGUGUACACGCUGCAGCACAAGCAGCUCAACACGACCCGGGCGUCGCUCCUCUCCGCGUCCAUCGCCAAGCUGGACAAGGAGCUGGACCCCUCGACCACGCCUUCCGGCCGGCCGAGGAGCGUCAUGCAAGUGACGCCGCCACAACUACCAAAGAGGAUAUCGGCGGUGCCCUCCGUGGACUGGUCGUCGUUAUGUAGUGCGAGUGAAACGUCGCCGUCAAAGCGACCACUCGAGGAGAAGGAAUCGUGUGGGGCGUACUCAUCGUCGCCGCCCUCAUCAUGCACGUCGGGUACACCACCUAAGUCAGGAGCGUCGUCGGUGUUUGUUAUAAACAGGCAUCACCACGACGGCUUACUGGCGACACAAGUGUAGCUGUUAGCCUUAGAACUGAGUGUGUGUGCGUGUGUGUGUGAAAGAGAUGCGUGUAUGCGUGUGUGAGACAGCUGACCAAACCAAGAGCACCUGUACAGUUAUUUAUUAUUAUGAAAUUAUGUGCUUUGUGUCAACGUUGUCGCCGCUGAAGCUAGUCUAGGCGAGUGACUGUUGUAAAUGUGUGGGGCGAGCGGAGAUAUUCUCCGUUUAGAUUGUUGAGACUGAACAGGGGGGUGGGGAUGUGGCGGAUGGGAGAGGGGCUACCCCUUGCAACCACCACAGCCCUUUCCCCCGCAAGUUCACCUUAUUUUAGUAAUAACUACAAUGUAUGUGGAGUACGUACAUACAUGUGUAUUGUGAUCAAUUCGAAACAAGACUAAGUCAGGUAUAUAUGUAUAUAUAUUU